AUGCCGCCCAGCCAGAGAGUCGCCGGCGGCGAACUCAGUGGCGCCGUUCGUGUGCAGGCGGAGGCGAAGGCGCUGGCGCCCUCGUCCGCCCCCUCGCCCUCGGCUCGCCGGCCGCAGCAGCCGCAGCGCCACAGGCCGGCGCAGCCCCAGGACGGCCACGACUGUCGCUGGAGGCCGCCCUGGUUCACCAUCGCCGUCAGCAUCGUUGAGGUGCUGGCGUACGUGUGUGUGGACGCGCGCCACGUGCUGGUGUUCAACCCGGGCCGGCGGCGCGAGGCGUGGCGCUUCGUGUCGUACAUGCUGGUGCACUCUGGGGCGCUGCACCUGGCGCUCAACGUCGCCAUCCAGCUGCUGCUCGCCACGCCGCUCGAGACCGAGCAGGGCUUCUGGCGCACCGCACUCGUCUACCUGGGCGGCGGGCUCGCAGGCUCUCUGGGGACGUCGCUGCUGGAGCCCGACCUCUGCAUCGAGGGCGCCUCUGCCGGCGUGUACGCGCUGCUCAUCUCGCAGCUCGCCAACAUCUGGCUGAACUACCGGGCGCUGCGCUACAAGGUGUACCGCGGCGUGUCGGUGGCGGUGCUGCUGCUGGCGGACGUGGGCUUCUCGCUGCACCACCACUACGCAACGGGCAACAAGGGCCCGCGCAUCUGCUGGGCGGCGCACGCGGCGGGCGCGCUCGCCGGCCUGCUGCUGGGGCUCGUGGCGUUCCGCGCGCAGCCCAAGCCGGGCGCGCUCGAGCCGCCCGCCUUCGGCGCCGGCUGGCCGCGGCUCGCAGUCCGCGUGGCGGCGCUGGCGCUGCUCGGCGCCGCCUUCUGCGCCGCGCUCGCCUGCAACGUGCUGCGCCCGGACAACCUGCGCCUCGUCACUGCCUGCCCCCGGCCUUCCUGAGGGGACCGCUCGCUCAGCCUUGUGGUCGAUUCUCAACUGUGCGAGCGGCUUCCUACUCCCUACCGACUAUUCGUGGCAACGGGCGCCGUACUCCUGCACUAAGACUCCACUGUCACGACUGGUCCCACCUGCUUAGACGUCGGGCGCCAAAAUAGCGUGUGUUCCGAGUGCCAUCUGCUGUGAAAGUAUGGUUAUGAGGGACUGUCCUUUAAAAAAUUGGUAUAUACCAACACCAUUAAGGAAUUAGGAAUAACAGUAGUGUUUGUUAAUAACCAAUCACCGUAGUGAACAUUCUUGUCAAAGAUGUACGCUAAGUCCUUGACCCUGCUGAAAAUUGAAGGAACACUUUUAGGAGAAGUGUGAACAAAACAUUAGCACUUAUUUUCUCGAAGAAAAAUACAAUCAAACGCAUUAAACAAUACUUAAAAGGCAGUAAAUAGAGCAUUUUUAGUUUAUUCUUUAUGCCAUAUUUUCCUUUGAGUGACAAACAGUAUCCAACGUUCUUUUCUGCUUCAAUACGGCUGACUUAUUCACUCGUGAUACAAUUUCCAUUCAGCCAUUACGUUUAUGUUACAAUCUGUCUUUUUCUCGUAUCAGAUCUUAGUCUGUCUUUUAUGAGGAUAUUCGUAAUAUAAAAUAUCAAAUCGUCAUGUGACCUGCGCUUUGUAUCGCGAAAACGAAGCAAACAAUCACAUAAAGAUUGAGAAAACACCAAAGGACUAUAUCUGUUUCUAUAGCAUGGGUGAGCGUGGGCAGAGGUGGGUAGCUACCGACGUUGGCAGGCCGCCUCCUGUUUUGCGCGUGCGGAGUAUUCAGCAUGCUCAGGACUUCAGAAUUCUACACUCGCCAUAAUCAGUUGAUCACUGACGUCAGUGACUCACUCGCAGCGUGGGUGGCGACUGUUUUACACGCAGGUACUUGACACGCACCCAGUAUGAGUAGUCGUAUUUGACCAGAAAGUCGUUCGUGCAAAAGGAUCCUUAAUUUCUGCUUGCCAGGGUCUGCGCCAUGACCCAGUACAAAUAGUCUGAAGGACACGAGCAGUUAUCUGCCGAUAUAGUCUUCUUUUCUUCCGUGCUGUUCGCAGCAAUUUGCCAUUACAUUUUUCUCCGCGUUUGUGUUGCGUUAGCGCUGCGUGGGAAACUAGGAUAGAAGGCUACCGAAAUUUUGACAGUAUGGUCACGCUGCCGCCACUACACAGCAUAAGGGAAGCAGAGACAAUCACAUGAUUCCUCACAUAACGUAGCCCACGUACUGAAUUUAAAUUCGCAAACAGUUCAUCCGUCCUGCAGGUUUUGCUGCUUUGAACAAACAUCGUGCUGUGUACUUACUGGUACCUGUAAUAAGGAACCCAUAAAUCUAACGUAGCACUGACCUGUGAUGUGUACCCUCGCAGGAUUCCGAGAUACUGAAAUAAUGUUUUUGUAUACUGGUGGAGCGUUAUUCUUCAGAUCUUUUACGUUUUCCUAACCACGGAACAUCCGUAUUAUGGUAUUAAUCACCAGCCCAUGCCGCCCUAGAGGUACUCCAAACAGCAACUCAAAUGAGUCACUGGGAUGGUAUUUUUCCUAGUGAAGAUGCAGAAAGCUGCUUAUGUAGCUCUAAUACAGCCAGUCAUGCACUUCUGCAUCGAAACAACUCUAGAAAACUGUGACGCAGCUGAAUUUGUCUUCCACUUUUUCCCGGUUUUCGUCAAUGUCCGUGUAUCGUUGAGCAUCUUAUUAUGUGAAGCAUGAAACACAUAGCAUAACUGCUUGCCUCGGUACCUUUCCACUACAUGGAAAUCGGGUUCCAUAUUCCUCAAGAAUUUUAUCAUCUUACCAAAAAUUACAAUUGUCAACGUUAAACUUUAUGUUUGUUCCCAGCAUAGUGCGACGUCUAUGCAUAACCAAACCCUUUCUACAAGAGAUUACUACCACUGCACAUGUUCCACACCAUUCAUAUACACGAAACGUUUAUAGUUCACAAGCUGCAACACUGUUUCAGUCUUUUGGCAAAUACACAGCACUAAGCACUUCGCCGUUAAAACACACACACACACACACACACACACACACACACACACACAAGCGCACCCGCGUACGCACACACGAUCAUUAACCAUCACAAUGGGCAUGUGUUCCUGUGGGAACUUCGGUUCUGAAAAUCAAUAAAGUGAGCGACAUAAACUAGGACGUCUUCUAAAGAUAUAUUUUCUCGACAAAUUAGGAAUGACAUUUCAGCAGUCUACCAAAACAGCUGUUUUCUGUGUUAUGAUUUCCAGAAACAAAAUAUAGGGAUUUCAUUUACAAACAGAUAUUUAGUUUGUUAUCAGAAACUACUAAAUGAUGGAGACUACUGUUUAUUCACCAAGGCCUGAAAGAUGAGCCUCUGGUUCUGGGCCGCUUAAGCUCGUGCAAGUCGGUCGAUUUCGGGCCACGACUGCUUAGUAUCCGGCUGCUGUCAACAGUGGCUAUCUAAACAACGGUGCGCCUAUGUGUGUCGUAGCCGUUAGGAAGUGAUUGCUGUGUGGUGCCGUGCCAAAACAAGCAAGUAGGUUUGUAGUGCUAGUACUGUGUGAUGAAAGUGCAGCUUGUUCCCCUCGCAACGCUUCUUCCACGCAGAAACCGAUGUUCUGGUAGACUGUGGGUGCAGCUUGCUUCCUCCUGUUUCUGCACCAGCUUGAGGAUUCGUUCAUGACGUUUUAAAGAAAUGUAGAGUCCUUCUUCCUUUUUAUGUGCUUCCCUAGUAGUACAGAAACAUUAAUUGAAUCUGAGUCACUGUUAUGAUAUGUUUCCUAGUAAAUAUUCAUAAAGCUGUUUGUGUAGCUCUAAUACAGUUACGAUGAAGAACGCAGUGCCAAAAUGUUUUUGAUGGCAGGUCUUCUCAGACAAAAUAUGUACAAAAUGUUGAAAUACCAAAUGAAAAUAACUUUAUUCACAUCAAUGUCCUUUUAUGUGUUUCGGUUAAGCAUUUCAAAACUAUGAACAAGUCUUAAAACGUCCACUCAGCUACUCCAAUGCUUAGGUUUCGACAGGAAGCCCCUCUACUGUAAUAGCUGCACUACUGGUGUUAUCUAGGCGUCUAAUGCUGUAUAAGAUACAGUCUUUGUUCAUUGAUAGUAGAGGAUGAAGUUUAGUGAUAUUUGUUCUAUAUCAUUUUGCUUGGUUCAUUUUAACAAGUCCUGAUGACAAUUACAGCCGUCCCAUAAUAUUGAAUUGCUCAAGUACAAUCAUCUCUAAUUAUAAAUCGUAUCUCACCCAGUGGAUCCGUCGAUCUGGUAUGACCAAUGGCAUGCGACAACCAACGAAUAAGACUGGAAAUCUACAAGAGAGGCAUGAUUUCACCUUACGGUGUAUAAAUUAAAAAGUGAAACUUGGAAUUCUCUCACUUGCUCAAGUCGCAUAUUGCCCUUAUGAAUAUAAAUGAUUAUUUUCCGACACUUUUGUGAAAGGGAUAUUGAGAAGUAUAAUUGUUCGAAAGGACAGAGAUUUUUCUUGUUUGCAUGUACAAGAAAAUAAGAGACUUUCAGUAAGGUUAACAAAAUUUUCAUUGAGCAUUAUUGCUAAAACACAUUAAAAAAGAAUUUUUAGAGCUACAGUAAGUGAUUUGCAGGACUGAAAAUGAAGAAAGCGAAGGACAGGUCUCUGCUAAAGCAAAUGUGCUGUUGCAUUUACCAUUGCUUUUAUUAAUAGUUUUCCAAUGGCAGCUGCAUUCCGUUUCUUGUUGGCAGAAUAGUAAGAGUAUUAUGGAUUUAAAUUCUAAACUUAGUUGCGUGUUGCACAAAUAUUUUUGACAUUUAUACUAAUUAUAAUCUGUGUUGAGGAUGGCAGAAAAUAUGUGGUAUUUAUAUGCAUGAAGUAUUGCUUGCUCAUGAACAUUUGUGUCUUUAAUUUACGACACAUGUUGUUUUCUUCUAGAAGAAAUUGAAUAAGAAACAAAUAUUUAAUAUGCCCUCAUUGUUUAUAAGUAGAAAUCGCACAUCAGCAAACCAACAUGCUCAAGAAUAAGCACUUGAAAGAACAAUGUAAUAAAUUUGGUAAGUCCAUUACCAUAAUCUGUGGUUUAUCAUAAAAUGCUCAGUUGUAUUUUGACAUUUAAUUAACUGACUCUUCAGCAACAACAUAGUAAACUGAGUACACAUCUUUCAUAGGUUUGUGGAAUAUCUUUCAUAGGUCAUUGUAGCUCCACAAAACUCUUGAUAGAACAAAUGUGCAAACAGCAUUAUUAUAGAGACUUCACUGUAAAUGGUGUCUACAAGAUGUUGUAUAAUUGUAGAUCAUUUUAGUGCCAUAUCAUAAAGUAAUCAAACAGUACCAGUAGCUUAGCCUGAAUUUUCAAGAAAUGGUUUCUGAACAUUUGUAUGUUCCGUAUUUCUCAUGCUUAGGGAAUAACUAGUGUUAAACUGUAACCUAAAAUGAAUUUUGUAAACUGUAUGGGGGUACUGGUUUUUACACAGUGGAAAUGUACCAAUAUAUUUACACUCAUAAUAUAUUCAAUUUUAAAUCUUCAUUAAGACUCUGUACUUUUAUUUGUUUUUCUUUCUUUUACCUUGAACUUCACUUCUCAUGAACUGUUGAUUUUUCAGUAAUCCUUAGAGCACUGUACGUAUAUAUAUUCGUAUUAUGAAUAUUACUAUUAAUCUUUCUCACUAGGUCUUUGUUAUAUGUGAUGCAGAAUCAUGUAAGACUACUAUACAACCUGUAUAUUGGCUGUUGCCAUGAUAAAGAUAAAAUCUCACGUGAUACAUAGUAUCCCCUAAUUACCUGUAUGUUAGCUGUUGUAUCACCAGGGUACAUUGGUGUGAAAUUACCUAUAGAAGAAGCUUUAUACUUUAGUUUCAUUUCUUGUGACUCGACAAUUUAAAGCAAUAGUUAGAAAACUCUACCAAAAUCAUUAACUAUAUACUUUUAUGAAAAUGCUCCCUUUCUUGCUUCAUUAUAUCCCACUUUUAAAAAAAAGAUAUAAUGUCUAAUUGAAUGGCUGAAAUUGUUUACCUGCUUUCUCUUCACAACCAGUCUAAUAAACAAUACUGACAUCCUGUUCUUAGCAGAUACAUCUUACUUCCCCUAAUCUACCUUUUGUGUAAUAAACAUGAUGAAGACAGAAAAUGUAGACUUACACAGGGGAUACUAACAAUCUGGCUUCUGUGUAUCAAUCACAAAUAAAAGAAAUAGGGUGAGAUGACUCUGUUAUACAAGCGAACUGAAAUGCGUGUGUAAUUGUAAGUAGAAUAUCCAGACUGACAGGUUUGCAAGCCAGGAAAACAAAAGGAAGUUCCAGAAGUUUCUUAGUCUUUCCUAAUACUGCUAAUUUUAAAACUGCAUCAGUUUCAAAGUAUUUAAAUAGAAGCAAAUUGUUUAAAUGAUUCUGGUUCUAGCUUCACCCUUUGUAUUGCUGAUAAAUGUAUUUUUUCGUUGUGUAAAUGUAGUAUUUUCAAUGAAAAUUCCGUUUCUGCCUCAGUGUAAUGUAUUAAAUGUUAAAAGUUAAAUACUGCACUUUUAAACACUCAUAUAUAAUUAUUUUGAUAAUUCAAUGGAUGAUUUCCUGAAGACAAAUGAGCUACCCAUGUCUAUAUUUUUAUUUGUACUUACAAUAUAGGUAUGGAGUACAUCAUCUCAUGCAUUGUAUGCCACACAUAUAACAUAAUAUCACUGGCUCACUAACAUGGCAUUUUUUCCAUAAAAGUUGUUGCCAGGUAAAUUUUAAUCUGACAUAGGUUUAGGAAUGCUCAAGACUGCCAAACAUUAGGUAUAUAAAAUUAUAAGAAGUAGCAUAGUUAUUUGUACAACAGGUUUUUUAUAAGAUGUGUAGUCAGAGUGAAUGUGAGUCAUUAUCAGCAGUAUUACAAUAACAAGUACUUUUUCUCUUCAUACAGAGCCUUUGUUUCAUAUGGCAAUGUCCAGUGCAUAAUGAUAGGUAUAACAUCUAAAGCUUUAAUAUUAAUGUGUAAUGAGUUUACUUAUGAGAUGCUGAUUAUCCUUUUCAGUUAUUCCCCUCAAUCUUCUCAUAAUAAAUUGUCAAAAAUCAUUUCCCUGCUAAAUGUUAAAAUGAAAAAGUAUGUAACAGAAUAUAUAUGAGAUGUAUUUCUGAAAUUUAUGACAAUUAUUAUUAACAGUUUUAAAUAAAUUUUGAAUAGAUAAAU